GAAGGAGGCGUGGCCGUUUUAAUUCUCUCAGCCUGUUUUGAUUGGCUGCGAAACCUGCCAAUCAGUUUGCUCCCUUCGCAAGUCUGCCAAAGUUGAGCAGCGAAAAGAGGAAGGGCCGGUGCUGCUGCGCGAGGCGCGACGAGAAACUGAAACGGAGCAGGACCUGUAAAGCAAGACGGACGAGGCUUUCACUCCACUUCUCACAGUUUCCUGACGUGCAGCAAGGAAGCCAUUUUGUACACGGCGGUUCAGGGCGGAUAAACUUUUUUUUUUCUUUCGUCCUGUUUGCUUCUUCUUGUUUUAUUUUCCUUCCUCCGCCGUCUUUUAUGCAGUUAACAAAGUAGAAACUUUCCCCUCAGCGCACCAGCCUCUUGUUGAGGAGGAGGAGGAGGAAAACAGGCCCCUCCUCCUGUUUUUUGUGAGACCAGAACCGUGAGCGCAAAGUUACCAGAGUGCUGUGUGUGGAACAGACUGAGGCAAGAAACUUUUCUCUCGUUCUGCUGUUUUUUUGUGCCCUCCUCCGGCUCGUGGCCUGCGACUUGUUGGCACGGCGGCGUCUCCUCUCUCUUUCUCGACCCGACCGGGGCGAGGUGUGUGGUUGCCUGCCUGCUGCAGGCAGGCACGAGGAUGGCCAACGUCAGCCCCUGCUUUUCCUCGAGCCCCAGCCAGGACCAGCUCUUCCUUCUCCCCGCGGGCUUCUCUCCCGCGGGGUCCGUAGCAGGAGCAGCGGCGCACAUAAAUCAGAGCCCCGCUCUUGGCCACUCAGCCGCACUGGCGGCACCGGCGGAGGACUGCGGUCCGGCGCCGGGCCCUGGAGGAGGAGGAGGUCAAGCAGGGAUGCUGCUGACGCCCGCCGGCUGCGCUCCACCACCAGCUGGGGUGUCAUUCAACAUCCAGAUCGGUUUGACCCGCGAGUCGGUGCUGCUGCCCCAGUCAGCAGAUCUAGCUUAUGUCAAACAAAUCGCUUGCUCAAUUGUGGACCAGAAGUUUCCAGAGUGUGGCUUUUAUGGAAUUUAUGACAAGAUCCUACUAUUUAAACAUGACACGGGCACCAACAACAUCCUACAGAUAGUUAAGAGUGCUACUGACAUCCAAGAAGGUGACCUCAUUGAGGUAGUACUGUCAGCGGCUGCCACACCUGAGGACUUCCAGAUCCGGCCUCACACCCUGAAUGUGCACUCUUACCGUGCUCCUGCCUUCUGCGACCAUUGUGGGGAAAUGCUUUUUGGCUUAGUUCGACAGGGUCUAAAGUGUGAUGGCUGUGGAUUGAACUACCACAAGCGCUGUGCCUUUAACAUCCCCAACAACUGUAGUGGUGCUCGCAAACGACGGCUGUCCAGUACUUCAUUGACUAGCAGUCAGUCGCUGCGGCUCUCAACAUCAGAGUCCUUGCUGAGCAUCCAAACAGACGACACAACAAUGCUCUUACAGUCAAGAAACCCCAAUGAGGCACGUCGCCUGUACUCAGGACGUCCUAUUCACCUGGAUAAGAUCCUGCUCACUAAAGUGAAAGUGCCUCACACCUUCGCCGUUCAUUCCUACACAAGGCCAACUGUGUGCCAGUACUGCAAAAGGCUGUUGAAGGGUCUCUUCCGGCAGGGACUUCAGUGCAAAGACUGCAAGUUCAAUUGCCACAAACGCUGUGCGUAUAAGGUUCCCAAUGACUGUCUGGGAGAAACUAUUAUAAAUGGAGAAACGCUAGUCCCUAGUGGAGAUCCAGAGCCCAUGGAUUAUACGAGUGACUCUGAAAUAUCUGAGAGGUCAUCUAUCAUGGAUGAUUCGGAUGACACCUGCAGCAUCCCUGGCUCGUUUUCUCCAAACACAUGCAGUGACAACAGUCAGGAUAGCAAUGCUGAAGACCAGAGCUCCAUGGGCUUCAUCCCCUUGAUGCGAGUGGUGCAAUCUGUGAGGCAAACUACACGUCGCUCCAGUACUGCAAUCAAGGAGGGCUGGAUGGUUCACUACAGCAACAAAGACACACUGAGAAAACGGCACUUCUGGCGUCUGGACUGCAAAUGUAUCAUCCUGUUCCAGAAUGAUACCACCAACAAAUACUACAAGGAAAUCCCUUUGUCAGAGGUCCUUGAAGUACAGCCUGCCAGGAAUUUCACUCUUGCCCCACCUGGUACCAGUCCACACUGCUUUGAAAUCAUCACCAGCAACAUAUGCUACUUUGUAGGGGAAGAUACGAACCCUUGUCAAACCUCUGCUCCUACCCCCUUGCCUGCCUCUUCCUCUUAUCCUGAUCAUCCUAUUUCCUCCUCAUCUCUUGAUGACAUAACUCCUAACAGCGGGAUAGGAAGAGAUAUAGCCAAGGCAUGGGAGAAUGCCAUCAGACAGGCUCUUAUGCCUGUUAUCUUCCAGGACGCACCUGCUCCAGCAGGACAAACUCCUCACAGACAAGCAUCUGUGAGCAUUUCUGUCUCUAAUAGUCAAAUCCAGGAAAAUGUGGACAUUGGCAUGGUCUAUCAGAUCUUUGCUGAUGAAGUGCUAGGGUCUGGACAGUUUGGAGUAGUGUAUGGAGGAAAGCACAGGAAGACAGGCCGUGAUGUGGCAGUGAAAGUGAUUGAUAAGCUUCGCUUCCCCACCAAGCAGGAGAGCCAGCUGAGGAAUGAGGUGGCAAUCCUCCAGAGUUUGCGUCACCUGGGUAUAGUAAACUUGGAGUGCAUGUUUGAGACGCCAGAGAAGGUGUUUGUAGUGAUGGAGAAGUUGCAUGGGGACAUGCUGGAGAUGAUUCUAUCCAGUGAGAAGGGCAGGCUACCAGAAAGACUUACCAAGUUUCUCAUCACACAGAUCCUUGCCGCCCUGAGGCAUCUGCAUUUUAAAAACAUUGUGCACUGUGACCUUAAGCCUGAGAAUGUGCUUCUAGCCUCCGCCGAGCCCUUUCCACAGGUGAAGCUGUGUGACUUUGGCUUUGCGAGGAUCAUUGGGGAAAAGUCAUUCCGUCGGUCUGUGGUGGGCACGCCUGCUUACUUGGCUCCUGAGGUGCUGCUCAACCAGGGUUACAACCGCUCCUUAGAUAUGUGGUCUGUGGGUGUCAUCAUGUAUGUCAGCCUGAGCGGCACCUUCCCUUUCAAUGAGGAUGAGGACAUCAAUGACCAGAUCCACAAUGCUGCUUUCAUGUACCCACCAAACCCCUGGAAGCACAUUUCCCCUGAGGCCAUUGAUUUGAUCAACAACUUGCUGCAGGUGAAGAUGAGGAAGCGAUAUAGUGUGGAUAAGAGUCUCAGUCACUCCUGGCUUCAGGACUUUCAGACAUGGCUUGACUUACGAGAGCUGGAGUGCAAGUUGGGUGAGCGCUACAUCACUCAUGAGAGCGACGAUAAUCGUUGGCAACUCUUUGCCCAGGAGCACAAGCUGACUUAUCCUGCCCACCUGGUUGUCACAUUGCCACGCUCUGAGUAUGAGGAGGACUCUCGUGAUGCUGACGUGCAGGGCCUGACAGAAAGGGUCAGCAUCCUAUGAAGGAUCUGGGCAGGAGGAUCACACUUAAACUCAGACUGGACUGCUUUCUCAGUGGGUAUGCAUAUAAGAUUUUGCCUUCACAACUGAAGGAAGGAGAAAAUCUUGGCGCUAAGCACUCUCUGUUCAAGAACCAAAAGACUGCUUUCCCACCUGUCUACCUUUCUGGUGUAUCCUCAGUGGAGAGGGAUUAGGGUUCCUCUUAGGUGUUCCAAUGUGCCUGCAGUUAAGAUUCUGACUGUAGGAAGUGAUACUCGCUUCUCUUCUGCAGAUGGCUCCAGUAGUGUAAGAAAGACAUGUGCACUGAUAAACGUGGUGUAGAAGAUCCAUCUACCUUCACUUCAUUUGUUAUUAGUACACACAAAGUCAACUCUUCUUUUCUAGUUUGAUGACACAAAGAUUUAGCAUCAGCAGCACAUGGGGGUUGAAGAGACUUCUUUAGAAAAGUAUCUAAUGCUUGCUGAAGUUCUGUUAUGUGGUAGUGGGAAGAAUGACAAUCUGCAAUGGAGCAAGGCAAUACAAUUAUUUUAUGAAAUGGUCACGGUGUGCUUGUUUGUUAUAAUGCAAAGUAUUUAAAUGUUUCAUGGUCUGGUGUCAACGCUGUUGUACAUCAUGACAUGGUGAAUAAACUUCUGUUUGGCUCAAAGUCAUUUUCCACUGAUCUUCCAGAACUGGUCAUAUC